CCGGUACCCACGUGGUUUCGCGGUGUCUCCGGAGCGGAAGAAACGGCGGCCGGGGCCGGGGCUGCGGCCGGGACCGACCGACACCGGGACCGACACCGGGACCGGGAAGGAGCCGCAUCCCGGCGGGCGCCGCAUCGCAUCGCAUCGCAUCGCCGCAUUUCUAGGCCUCAAGGAGGGGCCGACCGCACGGGGAAGGUGGUGGGAGCGUAGCCAGCGCGGCGCCGUGGGAACCUCCGCCGUUACCCCUGGAGCCUAAUGACGGCGCCGCCAUCUCCUGCUGACCCUCUCGUGGCUGAUCUCCCGAGCGCCCGCCCGCCGCCGCUCCCUGCCCGCGCCGCCGACGCCUGAGACGCGCGUGCCCGCGCCGCAGCCCUGCCCAGCCCGCACCGCCUCGCCCCGCGCCCGGGGCCCGCCGCAAGGCAGGACAUGGAUUCCAUGUUCGAGGACGACAUCAGCAUCCUGACGCAGGAGGCGCUGGGGCCGGACGACGACUGGCUCGACAGCCCCAACACCGACCUCUCGGGCGAGAUGUGCUCGGCCUCCCACUUCGCCCUCAUCACCGCCUACGACGACAUCAAGAACCGGCUGACGGGGCUGGAGAGGGAGAACUCCACGCUCAAGCGCCGGCUCAAGAUGUACGAGGUCAAGUACCCGCUGAUCGGCGAGUUCGGGGAGGAGCACAUCUUCUCCCUCUACGAGGCCAAGGAGACGUCGCUGCUCAAGAGCGAGAAGGCGUCGCUGCAGCAGCAGCUCAACCAGUUCCAGCACGAGCUGCAGAAGAGCAAAGAGCGGGAGGAGCAGCUGGAGGAGAUGAUCCAGGCCUACGAGAAGCUGUGCGUGGAGAAGGCUGAGCUGGAGACCGAGCUGGGCGAGAUGCGGGCGCUGGUGGAGACGCACCUGAGCCGCAUCCGGAGCCUGGAGCAGCAACUGCGGCAGCGCGACGGUGGCACCUUCCCCGGGCUGGGCACCCCGCUGCCGGGCCAGGAGGUGCCUUUCCUCGCCCUGCACCCCAACCCCGGCCUGACCCAUGUGCUGGAGCGUGCCGGGGGCUGGCAGAGCCGGGGGCUGGAGGCCGAACUGGAGGCGGCGCGGCAGGAAAACCAACGUUCCCAGCACCGCGAGGAGCAGCUCAAGGCCGAGUGCGAGCGGCUGCAAGCGGAGCUGAAACAUCUGCAGGACACCCGGGAGCAGGACCAGUCGGAGCGGGACAUGGCCUGGGUGAAGAAGGUGGGCGAUGACCAGGUGAACCUGGCGCUGGCCUACACGGAGCUGACGGAGGAGCUGUGCCGCCUGAGGAACCUCAGCUCCCUGCAGAGCCAGAUCCUCCGCGCUCUGCUGCAGGAGAAGAGCCUCAACAGCGGCCAGCGCCACUCCCCGCUGUCCCAGUGCCAUUCCCCAGCCCAGCAACGCCGCUCGCCCGCCCCGCAGUGCCCCUCGCCCGCUCCGCCGGGGCGCCCGCCAGCCCCCCCGUGCCAGUCGCCAGCCUUGCAACGGCGCUCGCCGGGACCCCCCAGCCAGUCGCCGGCCCAGCAACGCCGCUCGCCGGCCCCCGGCCCUUGCCAAUCCCCUGCCCAGCAACGUCGGUCCCCGGUGCCUCCUUCCAACCAGUCGCCCGCCCAGCAGCGCCGGUCCCCAGCCCCGCCGCCGUGCCCGUCCCCGGCGUCGGUGUCACCGCACCGGCUGCCCGGUGAGAGGAUGGAGCUGGGUUACGCCAAACCCUCCAGCCGUCACAUCAAAGCCGGCUUCCAGGGCCGCCGCAGCUACUCGGAGGUGACCAACGUGGCCCUGUACCACCAGCAGAGCCGCUCGCUCUGGCUCCAGCCCGAAGCCUCGACGCUCCCCAAGCACCGGCCCUACGGCGAGGUGUACCUGGGGGGCGCGGGGUCCCCCCUGAGCGCCCGCGAGCCUUUCGAGGAGCACGUGCGCUUCGAGAAGCAGUCAUCGGACGAAGAGGAGUGGGCGCUCCCCAGCCCCCCCAGCCCCGAGGCGGGGGCCAUCCGCUGCGCUUCCUUCUGCGCCGGUUUCCCCGUCCCCGACGCCGACGCCGUGCGCCGGACGGCCGCUGCCUACGCCCGGGCAGAGCACGCCCAGUCCUGGCCCUCCAUCAACCUGCUGCUGGAGACGGUGGACUCGGAGGUGCGGAGCUGCCCGCUGUGCCAGCUCGCCUUCCCCAUCGGCUACCCGGACGACGCCCUGGUGAAACACAUCGACUCGCACCUGGAAAACAGCAAGAUCUGAGCCUUUUCCCCCUCCCCCCCCCCCCGCCCCCCCCCCCCCCCACCUCAAAACACACACACACACCCCCCACACCCCCUUUCCCAAUCUUUGGAUGCUGCAUGACAACACACGAGGAGCGUCACGGCUCCUGAAAUACCUCCAAGUCUUCAGUAGCUACAGAAAGACUGAGCCCCCCCACCCCACACACACACACACACCCCCCCCGGAGCCCCCGGCCCCCCCUAAGUGGGCUCCUCUGCUCCCGCCUCGCCCCGGCCCUGCAUCCGCCGCUCUAAUUGGGGUCCCAGGAUAACGCCACCCCCCUUGGUGGCGGCUGGAGGGGACCCCGCCGCGCCCAUGGGUGUCACCUGCGCCCUUGGGUGUUGCUGCUUGAUCUCAGGAGGAUUCGGGGGGGCCGGGUCCUGGAUCCGGCCCCCCCCAGGAAGCAGGUGAAGGGAAGGGGCUGCCGCUUCCCCCAGCUCCUUGGGUCAGAGUUGGGUUUGGGGGGGUUGGAAGGGGAGGGGGAGGGGGGAGCAGCUGCUUGUUCUUGGUCCCCCCUCGCCUUGUCCCACCGGUUCAAGCAUCUUUCCACUCUUUUACAUUAAAAGCCCCCCCAAACCCCCCCCUCGGCCCAAUUUCUCCCCCCUCCCCACAACGAUGCUGCUCAGAAAUGAACCCCCACAGCCCGAGGCGCAGCAUGGACACCCCCCCACCCUCCCCCCCAAUUGCACUGGGCUCCAUGGCCUGGGGGCUCUCCCUGACCUUGCCCCCCCCCCCCCCCCCCCACCAGGCAUGGGGACAGCGCAGCCCCCCCAGCAGCCCCACUGGGUCCCCCCAGCUUUACCCCGGGGCUGCAGGUGGCUGCUCACCCCGAGCCCCCCCACCCCAUCACCCCCCAUCCCUCUCCCCACCCCCCCCCCCACCCCCUCCACGUUCAAUCUACCUCAAAGCUGCCAGGAGAGGGGGGGUCCACAGCGCCGUCCCCCCCGCCGAGCCGCUCUGCGCUGCAUGUCCCUCCUGUGCCACGGCGCGCACCCCCCCACCCUCCUCCCCACGCACCCGCAGGGGGUCGGCUGGGUGUGGCCCCCCCCCACUACCCCGGGACCCCCCCGGGGGGGAGGGACCCAUGCUCUCCAACGCCACCGACUCUAAUAAAACCCUUCCAGUGCCCGAAAA